GUUGUUUUCAUGUUUCCGCUGGCUGGCUUAUUAUUGGAGUGGAAACUGUUGUGCCUUAUCCACAAUGACGGACUCGCCGCGUAGCAUUCUCAUGCGGCUGGAGCAGCUAAAACACUGGCAGGAGGAGCAACAGCGCGUCCUGCUGGAAAAGCAUCUCGCCCAGCAACAGCUGCUGGAACGCGAACAACGGAAAAUGUAUGCAGUGUUGGGCUUGAGCCAGCAUUCGAUUGAGGAGGGCCGUGAGGAAUCGUUCGGGGACAGCGAUAGUGAGCCGGAGUAUGAAGAGACAAAUUUGCAAGCUCAACUGGCCGCUGAACGUCUGCAGGAAAGGUCCGUGAAAAAUGAUGCACCUGCCAUGCUUGACUCGGACACUGAGCAACCGCCAACAGCCGAGCAGGACCAAGAAGCCCUACAAAGAGCUAGGAAAGUCCCGAAAAAGCGUUUUUUGAAACGUGGCGAAGGAUUGCGUGCCAGGUUUAAAGUAGAUCCAGAUAAAUUCAAACUAGAAAAUUUACCUAAAUACAAAUUUGCUAACCACAACAGAGAACGAAACAAUCGCAAAAGUGGAAUCAAGCAGCAGAAGCAAAGCGACGGUGGCGCAACGAGUAGCAAAUCGGAAAAGAUGGGCGGAAAGCGUGACGGAAAAUUGAACGAAAACAGGGGACGCACCAAAAGUGACCACGGUAUUGUGUUGGACGUCAAUCGAGUGUUGGAUAAGAAGCUGGAAACUGGACGGCGUAUCGGAGGAUCGCUUCCAAUGACCAGCACCACGGAUGCGAACGAUGCCAUUGCUACGGAUAACGGUGAUGAUCAGAUUUGUUUUGCUAACAUUGUAAAACGUUCUAAAAUUAAAGACGUUGAAAGCGUAAAGCAAAAACCGCCUGCGAAACCGGAUGUCCCGUGGAAGCAAAGACUCGAACCUCCGAUUCCCUCGAAAGCAUCGAAAGAACAACAAGAAUUGAACUUUUUCGAGCUUCUUGAACAGAAGGUAGUUGGUAAGAAUUUCAAUCCCGACUCGAGCAGUAUUCUACGAUUUAUCGCAGGAAACGAUUCGACGGUAAACGAGGAUAGUACGACGACAGCAAACGACGACACUGACGACACUUUCAAGUAUCAGUUGGAAAGCGAUCCUUUAGUACGCCAGGAAGAGGUAGCUUUGAAGGACCGAGUUCUAGUACCACCACCGCCAACGAGAGGCAUUCUAAAUGAUCAUGAUUCUGAUGAGAGUGACGCUGACGAGGAUGAGAACCACGCACACGUACAUUUUGUUGACAAUGACGACCAGUCUAAAUCGAGUGGAAAUGAGUCGGAAUCGGACGGUACCGAUCACGAGACCUAUCACCGUAUGCAGCAAAUAGCUUCGAGCAAAAUGUCGACACCGAAUGAUAAAAUCAUUUCAAACCUUCAAUCGCUCGAACAAACAGAUCAGCCCAGCGAAAGAAGCGACGAUGAAGAUGCUACUGCUGACAGCACUAACGGACGAUCGGAAGCCGAAGACACACCGGUGGCCAUGCUAAUUGGAGACGACACACUUCGUAGUGAUAUACUUGCAAAAAGUGAGCUGCUAAAAGAAAGACUAAACGAACUGGAGCGCGAAAUAGAUAACUAUCGGCGUGAAAAUGCGGAACUGAUCCAAGCCAAACAGGAGCACGAACUGGACCGGCUAAAACUGCAGCAGGAUCGGGAAGAGAUGGAAGAACGUAUCAAUGACGAACGCAUCAAGAUGGAAGUUUACUUCCACGACGAACGUAUGAAGAUCGAAACGGAACGCAAACAAGCUCUCCGCGAAGCACAGAAACCUAACAAAAAGGACAAAGAGGAAAUUUUGCGGCUUACCGAAGAGCUGAUCGAACUGCGCAAACAGCAAAAGGAGCGGGAAGCGAAGCACAGUGCGUCAUUAGCACGGUUUAGGUCACAGUUAAAAACCGUCGAAAAAGAACUUCAAGAAGUACGGCUUGAGCUCGAGGUGGCGAAAAAGGAUAACCGACGACUGGAGACGGAAAACACGCGGUUGAAGCGCCAAAACAAUAGCCGAAUGUUGGUCGAAAUCAAUCGCAACAUUGCGAAACUUGCCGCUGGUGGAGCUGAACUGGUUGAACAGCAAGCACAGAAGGACGCAAAAUUGGGUCCUUCGGUUGAUAAAGCUAGAAAAGGUGUACAAACGAUUAAUCGACCUAAGACGCAACCGGUACAGGCGACAAAAGAAGGAAGGAAAGCUCCUCAAAUGCAGGUGACAAAGGUGAAAGUAACAAGCCAUCAGCCGGUACGCAACAGCAAACCCGCAGUCCGGGGCAAAUCCUUACCGACACAGGAGGAUAUUUUGAGCUCGGAAACGGAUGAGUAUAAUGAAAAUGGGGUUUAUCCACUGAAUGGGACGAGUGAUGAGGAUACCAGCGUUCACGCCGUGGAAAAAAGGAAUAGCGAAGACGAAAGCGAUGACGACGACGGUGAUGGCGCUUUUGGUGAAAAUUCAAGUUCUGCGCCUUCCGCGUAUUUCCCGCCAAAUCCAACCGUGCGCAAAACGCUCUUUAACGCGGUAAACCUAAACACGGAUAUAUCCGCACAGCCAAGACAAGGAUUGGUGCGCAAAGAGAAUCCAACGGCCCAGUGCGACUUACUCGAUCGUACACCGGAAGCGGCCGAACUGAUCAAGAGCAUGAAGCGGGAAAUAGUGAAUGCAGACGGAAGUCGGGAUAUUUGGUAUCCGAACGGGAAUCUGAAGAAGAUAUCAGCGGACGGGUUUAUCAUCCGAAUGCUGUACUUUAACAAGGACAUCAAGGAAACGAAUAUGGCCGAGGGUACCACAAAGUACUACUACUUCGAGACCAACACUUGGCACACGACCUAUCUGGAUGGGUUGGAAAUAUUGGAAUUUCCUGAUGGUCAAACGGAACAUCGGUUUAAGGAUGGAUCGACAGAGGUACACUUUCCAAACGGUUCCAUACGCACCACGAACCCAAAUAGUGCGGACAUAGCGGAAGAGUGGAAGUAUCCGGACGGAACGACGGUAAUUAUUCGCAAAAAUGAUGAUAAGGAGAUAAAUCUGCCGAACGGACAGGUUGAGAUACACACCAAGGCGCACAAACGGCGCAUUUAUCCGGACGGAACGAUCAAGUUCGUUUAUCCCGAUGGUAGUCAGGAAUCGCGAUACUCGAAUGGUCGCGUUCGUUUAAAGGAUAAGGACGGUCGGUUGCUGUCGGAUACUGGAGGUGGAACGGGUACGGGAGCAAAAUGUGACUGA